CAGGGGUUGAUGAAGCAAUCGCUCUUUUUACUGUCGCUCCCACUCCCUCUUCACUUCCAAAUUCUUCGUAAAACACACGACCAUAUCCGACCAUCAUGCCAUCGGAGAAACACGUCGCGGUUUGCGCUUUCCCUUUCGGCAGCCACCCCUGGGUCCUGGCCAACCUGGUCGGCAAGCUCGCCGCAGCCGCCGGGGACGUCCGCUUCUCUUUCCUGAGCACGGCCAAGUCCAACGUCGUCGUCUUUCCUCCCCCGUCGAGAGCGGCCUCAAUACCGUCGAACCUCAGGGUCUACGACAUCGGCGAUGGCCUGCCGACUGGCUACCACGACGCGACCGGCGACCCACGAGAUCCAGCCGAUCUGUUCCUCAGGGCAGCGUCCGCGAAUUUCCAGGCCGGUGUCGAUAUCGCAGAGCGAGACGCGGGAAGGAAAGUGAGUCUCUUGCUGGCCGACGGUUUGAUAACGGUGGUCGGGUGCGAAGUAGCCGAGAAAAUGCGCGUCCCGUGGGUCUCGUUCUGGGUUUCGGCUCCGCACUCUCUAUCCAUCCACGUCUACGCCGACCUCAUCCACCAGCUGAGCCGAGACGCCACAGACGAAGAACAGACCCUGGACAUGAUCCCGGGGCUGUCUCUGAUGCGCAUGGUGGAUUUGCCAGAGGAACUAGCGAUGGACCCGAACAUGUCCACGAUUUGCCGCAUGUUCCGCGAGCUGGGGAAUGUGAUCCCCCGGGCGGCCGCCGUGGUCAUGAACUCCUUCGUGGAGAUGGAUCCCGAGCCCCUCACCGCCGACCUUAAGUCCAAGUUCAGCAUUCUGCUUUACUUGGGCAUGUUGACAUUGGCGCCGCCGAGCCUCCCCGCCUCGGACGAGACCGGCUGCUUGCCCUGGCUAGACUCGCGAGGCUCGCAAACCGUGGUGUACAUAUCCUUCGGGUCGGGCCCCUUGACCAGCCCGCCGCCGGACGAGAUAGCGUCCCUCGCCGAAGCCCUAGAGUCCACCGGGACGCCGUUCCUGUGGUCCCUGACCGACCGGUUGAAGGCCCAGUGCCUGCCCAGAGGGUUCGAGGAGCGGACGGCCGCGCGCGGGAGGAUCGUGCCAUGGGCCCCACAGCGGGAGGUGCUCGGCCACCCGGCCUGUGGGGCCUUCGUGACGCACUGCGGCUACAACUCGGUGUUCGAGAGCAUGGCGGCGGGCGUGCCGAUGAUAGGCCGGCCCGUGGCGGUGGACCAGAGGAUAUGCGGGAAGUUGGUGGAGGAAGUGUGGGGGAUCGGAGUGCGGGUGGAGGGAGGUGUCCUCUCGAAGAGCGGGAUGGUGAAGGCGUUGGAGGUGGUUUUGCGGAGCGAGGAAGGAAAGGCGAUGAGGAAGAAGGUUGGCGAGCUGAGGGAGAAAUUGGCGGAGGCUGCCGGACCUGGAGGGAGAGCCGCAGCUGAUUUCAAGGCUCUCGUGGAGCUCAUCUCUACCUUGUGAAGCCGACUAAAAGCAAGUGAAAAAUGCAGAACUGUUGCUGAAAAGCUCUGCUUUUCUGUAACAGCGUUUUAUUCUUCCACCUUCAAUAAUUGCAGUACUAUGAAGAACCAGAGAAAAAAAUCGCAGUGAUAGUGAUAGUUGAGACAUUUUCCUAUAAAAUCUAGUGGUCCUAUCGUAGUAUGUCGUAGUAUGUGAGCUUUUUCUUACUAUAUAAAGUCAUCGAUGUCUUUUUCGUAAGUGCUUUCAAUGAAGAGGGCGAUGUUCAC